CAGGAGCUGCUGGGAGAGAAGACAAUGGAGCCUAAGAAUAAAAACUGGUGAAGACAAACCUAGUGACUGAUCACAUCACUGCUUUCAUUUGCACUGGAAACAUGGGAAAUCAAGUUUUAAAAUAAAUGUCCCUUCCUGGAUCCUCCCACUGCCCUGUCUUCAGCAGAAGAUCAGCACACAAAGGAGAAGGCAGCAGCUUCUGCCCAACUACCUCUCUGUGCUAGAAGAGCUAAGAACAACUUGGUGGAACCGCUUCUUGGAUUCAACUGGAAAGAGGCAUCCUAAACAAUGGCAAAAAGACUGUCAACAACAAACACGACAAAGUCUACUGUUUAUGAGCACUUUGCAUCAUCAAGUGAUGGAAAACAUUACGUGUGCCAAUGUAUUAGAAAAGAUGAUGAUGGCGAAAAACAAUGUGAUGCAAAAAUUAGCAGUUUCAGUGGGCCUGGUAAAAAUGCACCUACAAGAGCAUCAAAUUUGAAAAGACACUUACAGCGUUUUCAUCCCAAAGUGUUAGAAGCCGUGAAUGAGAAAGAUGGCAAUGAAAACAUUGCAUCUACUUCUGGGACAAAAAAUGUUCAGAAAUCUACUGGAGAACAAUCACAAAUAAGAAAAUUCUUUAUAUCUGACAAAGUUACCAUAACAAUGACACCAGAAAAAUUCAAACACCACAUUAUUGAAAUGGUAGUAAAGAAUAGUGUACCGCUAUCCUUUUCACAGCCAGCCUUUUUGGGCCUAAAUGGAGAAAUGGCAAAAAAACUUGUAAUUGAGGAGGCCAAAUGUAAAAAGGAAGAACUACAGAAAGUUCUGAAAGGACGUUUUGUCUUCCUUAAAAUGGAUGCAUGCACACGUCACAGAGUCAAUUAUUUUGCUAUUAAUGUUAGAUUUGUGGAUGAAAAUAACAAAACAAUAACACGGACCCUCGGAUUAAAGGACACUCAAGCACAUCACACCAGUGACUACCUUCAGAAGUUAGUGGAGGGUGUUCUAGAAGAUUUUGAAAUUAAAAAGGAACAGAUUUUAUGUGUUGUGACAGAUAAUGCUUCUAACAUGUUGAGCACAAUUGAGAAGAUGAAUGUAGAUGAAGAAACUAGCAAACAGAUGUUAGAGGAAGACAGCUCUGCAAGUAUUGGAGAAAGUUUAGAAACUGAAGAGAAUGCUGACAUUUUUUUAGACAACUUUGUUGAAGACGCAUUGAAGCUUGCUACUAUUCAUCAUAUGCGAUGUGCUGUUCAUACACUGCAACUUGCCAUAAGAGAUGGAUUAAAGGAUCGCCAUGCAGCUACACUAAUUAGCAAAUUACGGCAAGUAACUGUUGCAGCCAGGGCCCCGAAAACAGAUGCAAUUUUGAAAAGACGUGCAGGAAAAGGAGCCAAUUUGGAUAAAACAACUCGCUGGGGAAGCACUUAUUUAAUGGUGAAGCGUUUGCUUGAACUUAAAGACUUCAUAGAAGAAAUGGACAAUGAAAAUCUUGCAUUAACUGAAAGCCAGUGGACACAAACAAAAGAGCUGGAGAACCUUCUUUCUCACCCCUUCACUGUCACCAAGAGGUUGCAAUGUGACGAUCUAACCCCUGGUAAAUUCUUUUUGGAAUGGAAGAGCCUGUUAUAUCGCCUGAACAAAAAUGGAGGGUUAAUAGCUGAGGGCAUUGCAUCUUCAAUGAUGAAAAGAGAGAGUCUAUUGCUGGAAAAUGAACUCUUGUUAGCGGCUAUUUAUGUCGACCCAAUGAGCCGACUUUUAUUGAACAGUGAACAGACUGCUACUGGGAAAAAGGCCCUCUUUGACGUAGCAGUUCGCAUGAAGGGAUUACGACCUGAAAUACCUUCACAGGAUGAAGUUCUUUUAAGCAAUAGGGGUAACUCAGGAUCAUCUUCUAACAAAGAAUUAGACUUUGAUUCCUUCUUGGACAAAAUGGAAGUUGCUAAAGGAAAGAGACGUUGCAUAAGCGUGAGAGAACCAGUAAAUGUCCAAAUAAAAAAAUUCCAACAGGAGUUUUAUAAAGCAUUAAAAGAAGUUGAAAAGUAUGAUCGCUCAUCAAAACUUACUGUUGAAGAAGCCAUCCUUGUUUAUCCAGAGAACGUUAGUGAUGUGGCCAGAAUUGUUACUGCAAUGCCACCCACCCAAGUCAGUGUCGAAAGAUUAUUUUCCGGUCUAAAAAUAAUAAAGUCUGACUUAAGAGCCUCUAUGAAAGAAGAUCUGGCAGAGGCAAUUCUCUUCCUUAGAACUCUACAUUGAAUUGAAUUGAUUUGCAUUUGCUAAGCCUGUAACUACAUUUUAAGAUUAAUAUAAACCAUUUCUAGGUUUUACAGAUUUUGUUUUUGGUUCAUAUAGAUAAGCUUUGUUUUUGUUCUAAAACAACCAAAUAAUGUGGUUUGUAUUUUUUUACUUGUAAAGUUCCUGAUGUUUAUGCCUGCUGCUACU